AUGGGGGUAAACGUCAAAAGAAGAAAAGAUACAAAGUGGAAGCCACCAGAUGAAGGUGUAACAAAGGUAAAUUUCGAUACUGCUAUUGAUAAACCAAAUAACAAAGUUGGGUUGGGCAUAGUAGCAAGAAAUUAUAAGGGAGAGCUUUUAUUUUCAUUAUGUGCCUCAAAGAUGUUUAGUGGAAAUUCAGAUUUGGCUGAAGCUAUUACCUUAUGGAGAGCUAUGGAUCUAGUUGUGGAACUAGAUGAUCGAAAUGUGGUUUUUGAAGGAGAUGCUGAAAGAGUGAUAAAAGGGGUAGCAGGGAAGGGAAUCAUAUGUGCAUUGAUGGCUCAGUUCUUUGAUGACAUGAGAAGCAGACUGGUUCAUAGACAAGAUUGGUCUGUGGAAUUCAUUUAUAGGGAAGGCAAUAGUGUGGCUCAUGAACUUGUUAAGAGAGCAGUGAGAAUAGAAGGGAAAUGUUGCUAG